AUGCACGGUGAAAAGGCUAGCUCUGCUUUAGGGCGCCAGUGGAUGAUCUUUUCAAAGGAUCUGAAUCCCCAAGAGAUCCGGAUGAAACUCCUUCAGGACAGUUGGAACACCUUCAAGGUGCUAGAAUUUGGUGAUUGGGUUGAUCGUGCUUUAGGAAACUAUUCUACAGCCGUGGCCAUCUUGGAAGCACAUCACGAGCACCUCGCCUUUUCGCUCUUUGAUUUUUUAUGCUGCUUUCCCCUCGAGGCUGGGAAAUACUGGUCUUUAUUAGAAAAUCUGAACUCCGAAGGCUUCGUGUACCAAGCCGUGCUACAUGCCCUUGAGGCUUUCAAGUCUGGUAGCCCUUACAGCGACAUUCAGCUCAAUACAUAUUUCAUUACGAAACCCAUACAAGCGCUGCUAUCUCAACCAGACGCGCACAUACUCAGCAAGCUAAAAGCUCUAGAGGCUCGCUACAUGCGCUACAAAACGGGUCCUGGUAUGAUAGAAGGUCGGUAUUUCGAUACUGGGACAGCUCUUCUGAACUUACUCAUAAGCUACACCCCAAAGUCUAUGGCAAUUAAAUUGAGCCGAAACGCUCUAAAGUUAUUUCGGACUCUGAGCCUUGAGGGCAUACUUACUCAGGAUCCUAACCUGAGGCUCCUUGGAAAUCAGUGGAAUCAGGUGUGCCUCGAUGCGAAAGACCUAGCCGUCGCAGAUAUUCAGCAAGGGAAGAUGAGGGCGGUCGCACAGGUAUUUCUUCGUCUGACAUCCAUUUUCUACCCUUCUGUGACUAAUGAACAGUAG